AUCAUGAUUGUAUAUGACAUGAUAGUUUCUCUUAAAAACAUUCACAAAUCAAAUUAUAUUCAUGGGGAUUUACAUUCAGACAAUAUUUUUCUAAGUAUGAGAAGUAAUGAAUGGCUUAUUGGUGAUCUUGAACAUUGUGGCCCAGCUAACAAAGCUUCCACAACUAUCUAUGGACGUAUGUCUUACGUGACUCCGGAACUUUUUGUGGGAGGAUCAAAAACGAAAAAGUCAGACAUUUAUGGCUUUGGAAUAUUAAUGUGGGAAAUUUAUUACGAAGAGUCUCCUUUUAAAAAUUAUUCUAAUCUUGAUGAACUUGCUCAUUUUGUUUUCUUUGAAGGUCGACCUGAAAUUGAUGAAAGCAUGCCAAUUUGGUAUUCUGAAUUAUUAAAAAAAUGUUGGGGCACAAAUCCAGCUAAACGACCGGACGCAGAAGAAAUUUUUAACGAAAUUGAAAAUCAACUGCAAAUUUUAUAUCAAUCUGGAGAAACUGAAUCUGAUUUUUUUAAAUUUGAUCGAAAAAAGAAAUACACUAAAUCAACUACCAUUAACACAAUAGGAUGUCAAAAAGCAGCAAAUGAUAUUUGCAACAAGUCAACCUACAUUAAUACUACAAAUGUUUUAAAGCAUUUAUUUACCAGCGACAGUAUGUAA